CCACAAUUCAGUCACGUAUAUGUAUGCAUGCUUCUACAUGCAAUCCGUUGCAUACGUACUUGCUAGUGAAACAGCAUUUUGUCAAAUAGUUGCAAAUAUUAGUUACACCUAUUGUAUUAUUAUUCCGCCGGGAUGGACGCGCUCCUCUCCAGGCUCUUCUCCUCGGAAGAAGAGGAGCAGUACGUGUUGGACACCCUGGGUUACUUAAUGAUUUUAAUGGCAGCCUUCACUUUCGUAACUUUGCUUUUCGAAAAUGUCCCAUACGGGCGAUAUUCUAGCAGCAAAUAUGGAUUUCCAGUCAAUGCAAGGUUUGCUUGGUUCGUUCAGGAGCUGCCUGCGAUCCUGGUGCCUUUUUGUCUGGUAGUUUGGACAUCUUCUGCGAAAACCUCACUACUGCCCAACCAGCUGCUCAUUGCCAUGUAUUUCUGUCACUAUGUCCAGAGAUCCCUUAUUUAUCCAUUUUUAAUCCGAGGAGGUAAACCAACACCAUUCGUCUCAUUUGUCAUGGCCAUUGUUUUCUGCAUCUAUAAUGGCUACAUGCAGAUCAGAUACCUGAGCCAUUAUGCUGAGUACCCUGCACGUUGGGUUACACAUCCGUGCUUCAUCGCAGGGUCUGUGCUGUGGUUGGUCGGGUGGCUGGUGAAUGUGCACUCUGACCACAUCCUGAGGAACCUGAGGAAGCCCGGAGAGACUGGCUACAAGAUUCCCACAGUAAUCAUGUCAGACAGCGAAGCAGGCCGAUACUGGAACAUGAACAUUAUACUGAAGGCUACGUCUGUACCAGACUGAAUAAAACUUUCAGUCUACCGCUUAUGUGUUCUAUACCACGCUCGUGUUUGUACGGUAAAUAUAAAGAUAUACAGCCUGCGGCCGGUUAGCUUAUCUUAACAUAAACACUGGAAACAGAACAGAGUCUGCCUACCCUCACGGCUAAAGCUCAGAUGUAUCUUAAAGCUUACAUCUCAUUUGUUCAAUCCAUACAAAAGCAAAGGGUUAGAAGUGCUACAGAGCCAG